UGGGUUCGAUACGUGACAAAGACAUAAAUCUAAUAUUGUAUUUAAGUAAAAAGGGAUAGAGGAGAGACUCAUUAGCCACUGAGUUUCGAACCUCACACUAUCCGUCAGUUAAUUUUACAGCGAUCAAAAUGAAACAAGCCCGUUCUCUCUUCUUCUCCAAAACCAAAACCAAAACCCUAUUCGCUUGUCUCCAUUUCCUCCGCUUCUUGUGUUGUUCAGAAGUGAAUCAACGGCCGCCGUCACUGCCGCAAUUGGAACCCUCAAACGACGCCGACUUGAUUUCCCAAGUGCUCGUCCAACACCACAAUCCAUUUCACGCCAUGGAAUCUUCUCUUCAGCUCCACGGAAUUUCUCUCACCCCUUUCCUUGUCCAUCAAACCCUCCUCCGCCUAAAAAACUCUUCCAAAAUUGCCCUCUCCUUUUUCCAGUAUUCCCAGUCACAUCCCAGUUACUCCCUCGACUCCAACACUUUGAAUCUCCUCAUCGACAUUCUAUGCAAAGUCCACCAGUUCGAUGUUGCGUGGCAGAUUAUUAUCCUAAUGGAACAGAAAUGCAUUAAACCCAACUUCACUACUUUCUAUUUGUUGAUCCGUAGGCUUAUUUCUGCUGGUUUGACCCGUCAAGCCAUUCGGGCAUUCAGUGAAAUCCAUAUAUUUAUAGAUGAAGAAAGUGAAGAGCAAGUGUGGAAGUCGUAUUUUUGUUAUCUUCUUGAUACUCUUUGUAAAUAUGGAUAUGUUAAAGUGGCUACUCAAGUGUUCAAUAAGGAGAAGUGGAGAUUGGAGCUCAAUUGUAAGAUUUAUACCAUUCUCAUAUAUGGUUGGUGUAAGGUGAAGAAUAUAGAUAUGGCUAGGAGGUUUCUAGAAGAGAUGUUGGAGAAGGGAAUUCAUCCGAACGUGGUGAGUUACAAUGUGUUGUUGAAUGGGAUUUGCAGGAGAGCGAGUUUGCAUCCUGAGGGAAGAUUUGAGCAGGUAAUUAGGGAAGCAGAGAAGGUGUUUGAUGAAAUGACUGAACGAGGUGUGGAACCGGAUGUGACCAGCUAUUCUGUACUCCUUCAUGUCUAUAGCCGGGCUCAUAAGCCGGAGUUAUUACUUGAUAAAUUAAGGAUUAUGAGACGCAAAGGGAUAUGCCCGAAUAUUGUGACAUAUAGCUCAGUCAUCAAGUGCCUCUGCUCUUGUGGUAGGAUUGAAGAUGCUGAGCUUUUACUCGAGCAAAUGGUUUCUAAUGGAGUGACUCCCACAUCCGCAACUUACAAUUGCUUCUUUAAAGAGUACAAAGGGAGGAAGGAUGUCGAUGGUGCAUUGAGGUUAUAUGAGAAAAUGAAGCAGGGUUCCCUCUGCCCACCUAACGUUAGUACGUAUAAUAUAUUGUUAGGGAUGUUAUUGAAAUUGGGCCGAAUAGGGCUGGCCAGAGAUAUUUGGGAAGAUAUGAAGGCGUCUGGAGCAGGGCCUGAUUUGGAUUCAUAUACAUUGUUGGUUCAUGGAUUUUGCGAGAAACAAAAAUGGAAAACGGCCUGCGAAUUCUUUAUGGAAAUGAUAGAAAAAGGAUUUCUGCCGCACAAGGUGACCUUUGAGACACUUUAUAGAGGCUUAAUACAAUCCAAUAUGUUGAGAACCUGGAGAAGUUUAAAGAAAAGGCUUGAUGAGGAAACAAUAACUUUUGGUUCAGAAUUCGAAAAUUAUCACCUCAAGCCUUAUAGAAGGUGAUCUGAUCAAGUCUUGAAAGGGCUGAUGUCAAGCUAAAGAGCUAACCGGUAUGUCCAAAGGCGGAUUUAAGAUUUGAACUCUAUGGGUUCGAUCUCUAAUAUUCUUAGCAUUGAACCCAUUGUAUUUUUAAAGUUAUUGAUUCAUAUUUAUUAGUUUUUGUAGUUUU